CAGAAACUUAAGUGCGUGUUGAGUGUUCCAAGUUUUGGUAUCGCCCGGUUUGUUCUCUCAGUUUUCUUUCUACCCUUCAUCAGACGCCUUACUAAGAAUGUCUCCGGAAAAAAUUCGAGGAGAAAUCCGUGAUUUACCGCGAGAUAAUCCUGCAAAGUGUGAAGGUUUGAUUCGAAAACUGUAUAAACGCAUCACGUCCUUGCAAGAUUACGGUGAGAAAGAGAAUCUGCUUGAUGAGCUGGAAGGUGUCGCCUGCUGGGGAUUGCAAGAGGACCUGGAGAAAAUGUUGAAAGAAAAUGGGUUGCACCUAGAAGCGUUACCCCUGGUUGUGAGAUACCUGACAAAUACAGGACAGCUUGCGGAAUAUUUGUACAGACAUUCUGAAGAGGAUUUAGAGAAGGAAGGCUUGGCGAGUGUAAACAAGCGGCUUCGACCACAUCUUGAAGUGCAUGGAGGCCUCAUUGCUGAAGGAAUCGAUGUCACAAAGGAAUGGGUGAAAAGGCUUUGUGAGAAAGCUCCGUCACUUAAGGUACUUUCUCGGCUAGAAUCAAGUGAACUUCAGUCUUACUGCCAAGGAGCUGAUGACGGAGAAAUGGACCAAGUUCGCCAUCUGGUUGAAACUGCUAAGUUUAACGAAAAAAAAAAGCUUCCCGACGUUCCACAAGAUGAUGGACUCGUGCAAGACACUAAAGCAACGAAAGCAGUAGAUGAAGCAAAUCUAAAGAAGGCAAAAGAACUGAUGAAUGAAGCUAAAACAAUGGCUACAGACAAAUCGGAAACAGCAAAGAAGGCCGUCAACGACAAAAUAAAAUUAAUUAUGGAAACAAUUGAGCUACCUUUAGAAUGGUUCAAGCAAGAUCAAAUGCAACCAGAUCAAAUGUUUCAACAGUUAGAUCAGAUAAUUGACCGAUGUAGCGAAGUUGUGGAAGCAAAUGAAAUUUACAAGAACGCGGUAGAGGUGAUCACCAAAGCCAGUGCUGGGAAGGCACUGUUCGGAAUUUAUCAUUCUGAAUAUGUAGUACCAAAACCAGCGGGCAGACCACUUCUCCUGCCACCAACAGAUGCGUCAUUAACCAAUCCAAGCAUAUCUAAGGAUAUGAAGUUUAUGAAGUUCUCUUCCCAAGGAGCAGCUGCAGAUUAUAUCCGAACUGUUGAGUCCUUAAAUACAAAUAUUGGUCUCGCUAUAGCUGGUCUUGAGGGCUUACUCUUUGGUGAGGUACAAGGAGCUCGUGGUUCUGAGCAGCUGAAACAAUUUCAUAAUUCUUUCAAAGAAUGUUCAACCAGUGCGUCUGUCCUUCAUUACACCCGGACGCCAACAAGAUCAUUUUUGCUGGAACGUAACCAAAUAAAACUUUGUGAAUCAGCAAGGAAAAUGGCAAGAUCCAUUGUUCAAGAUACUGAAAUAGAUAAGGUCCAACAGCAAGACAUGGCUCGCGAAUUCUUUAAACGUUUUGGGAGUCAUUUUCCGGCCGGUGUUCAGACUCUUGGUGGCGUGUUUUUCAGCAUCGCCGAUGCUGAAAGCAAAGGAGCAAAAAAGAAAUUCGAGCUAAUGGAGGCAGCUACGGAUUAUCUUAAAGGGCAAAUGUCUGUUGGAUUUCUUGGGGUCUUCAAUAUUGGAGGAAGUAUUGCUGGUGAGCACACCUCGUCUAAAGGUAGUAAUGUGGGAAAGUACAAGGAAAGUCUUGACAAAGUCUUUACCUACUCUGUCAGAUCCAUUGGGCCUACAGCAACAAACACCAGUACUUUUCAGAAACUUCUGUCUUACAACUCAACCUGGGCUUUGAUCGACCGAGGGCCUGUUGAAGGGUACAUACCAGUAUGGGAACUGUUAAAAGAUCUUGGCGGUGUGUACAAAACAGCAGCUGACGUCCUGGAAAAAAUUUGGCAGUGUGACGAAAAUAAAAGGAAAGUUCGAAAAAUCGCAAAAGAUGAGUUGUUGCUUAUGAAGGAAGGCUUCAUCGCGGGGACGAGACAGCUUCCUCGUACAACACUCAACUUAUUUCGGGAAACUCUAGUGUGUACUCGAAAGUUUGUGGACGUAGCAGAUGCCAUUGAUGAAGCGAUAGAAUUCAUCAUAGAUGACCCGCAGAACAAUAUCUGUGUGGUUAUUUGCGACCCAUCAACCAUCUUGCCGUUUCGAUUUCCUCUCAUUUUGCAAUGCCAUAAAGUUCCUGGCGAUGAGCCGCUGGACGCCGCCGUCUCCGGCACUUCCAAUACUGUAAAUAUUCUCCCUACUCCAUGGUUGGAUUCCUUUCUUUUUUUUCUGUUUCAUGAGAGACCGCUAAGAGUGAACGUUUUCCACAUCUUUAGUGAAACGUUCUUCAAACAGACAAAUCACGUUCUUUAA